AUGGCGACACCGCUGGACAUCCGCCUCGGCCUGACCAAGCCGGAGGAUACGGCAUUCAAGCUCCGCUGGGGAAUCCUGGGUUGCGGCCCCAUCUCCUCCGACUGGUGCAAGUUUGCCGCAAGCCAUGGUGUGGAGCAGGUGGCAUCAGACUACCAAGCACUUGUGAACUCUCCUGAUGUGGACAUCGUGUACAUUGGGACAAUCACUCCUCUGCACAAGGAGCAGGUGCUGAUGGCGAUUUCUGCUGGCAAGCACGUGCUUUGCGAGAAGCCUCUGGCCACGACUGCAGCGGAUGCGGAAGAGCUCUACGCCGCAGCCGAGGCCAAAGGUGUCGCGCUCAUCGAAGGAAUGUGGACGCGCUACUUCCCAGCGGUGGAACAUGCUCGCACAGCCAUCGAACUCGGAACCAUUGGUGAAGUGCGGAUGGUGCAGGCCGACUUUCCCGAGAUCUGUUACGCAGUGCAGUAUGCCCCGCUCUUUUUCGGCACCGCCGCGCCAACGGCGGUGGUGUCGGCGGGAACUGGCAGCACGGGUGGUGGGGCCGUGAUCCACUACGACAGCCGAGGUGCCGCCGUGCUCUCCUUCCCAAGCUGGGCCUGCGAGGUGCCAGAAGUCUGCGAGGUGGGCCCUAAACCCUAA